ACCCGGGGCUCCACCCCCGCAGGCUCCACCCAGCUCCCGUGCGCCGAGUGCUCCAUAUCCGGGUUCCCGCCGCCGCCGCCUCGCUCAUUGAGCUUUGCCGGGAGUGGUGUGAAUCCCGACCAAGAUGGCCGCUGUGGGGCGAGUCGGCUCCUUCGGUUCCUCUCCGCCGGGAUUAGCUUCUGCUUACGCAGGCGGCCCCUUGGCCAACGAACUAGCGUCGGGCAACGGCGGUGCCGCGGCCGGCGACGACGAGGACGGGCAGAACCUUUGGUCCUGCAUCCUCAGCGAGGUCUCCACCCGCUCGCGCUCCAAGCUCCCUGCCGGGAAGAACGUGUUGCUGCUGGGUAAGUGCCGGGUCUCGCCCCCACAAGUGAUCCUUAAAUGUCUGUCAGAUGCCAAAUAUAGACAUCUUGCUCUUUUUCACAAUGAGCUGUUAAUAUCUUCAAAUACAGUUCACCUUGGCUAUGGCAAGUCAGUUUUAUGA